AACCACCAUCCAUUUCUCCCUGACCUCAACUGAUCACACAUGCUCUCACUGGAGUUCAGACACAAGCAACUUAAUGUUCAUUAGCUAAUAUUGAUGGAGCUGUAGCAAGGCUGAGGAAAACUGUUAGCGGGCAGGAAUUCAACAUUAACUGAACGGGAAAAGAAGCAGACAGAGGCUCACUACUACUCUGUGGCCCAGUCCAACCUGUGUUUUCUGAGUUGUGCCCAACGACGCUCCUGAAUGAAUGAGUGGGUGGGCCCCGACAUCAAUGUGGUGGGACCGCUGCAAAUCCCACCCAGCGAUGAAUUCUCCAUCUCAGAGAGCUCCCACUUGUUUGAUAUUCUGGCAGAUCACAGCAGUCCUCUUCUGCAGGAUCCUGACAUCUUACCCUACACCAGCUAUCCCAGCAUGCAGUACCCCUCCAUGGAGCCAACCAUGUCUUCCACACCAUACUACUCUAGUCAGAACUACUACCCUCAGUACAAUGAAGAUGAAUGGUACACACACACGGGGAUAUAUGAACUGAGGAAAGGACCACUGGAGGUUAGCUACGAUGCUGAGAUGGAGGAAACGUCUGCUGUGCUGCCCACUGUGUGCAAGAGACCCCGGCACAUGUCGCAAGCUGGAAGGGUCAAAGGGGAAGAACUGUGUGUUGUGUGUGGAGACAAGGCCUCUGGAUACCACUAUAACGCUCUCACCUGUGAGGGAUGUAAAGGUUUCUUCAGACGGAGCAUAACAAAGAAUGCUGUGUACAAAUGCAAGAGUGGUGGAAACUGUGAGAUGGACAUGUAUAUGCGCAGGAAAUGUCAGGAGUGCCGGCUAAGGAAGUGCAAAGAGAUGGGCAUGCUGGCUGAGUGCCUGCUGACAGAGAUCCAGUGUAAAUCUAAGAGGCUACGGAAAAACACCAAGGCCUCCCCGGGACAGUCAACCGGAGAUGAGACAGAGGGGGCAGACAACACAGACACCAAACAGGUCACCUCAACCACCAAACCGUCAAAGGAAAAAGUUGAAAUCACCAAAGAGCAGCAGGCACUCAUGAGAGUCAUUGUGGAAGCAUAUAACAGACAUCAAAUUCCUCAAGAUGUUGCCAAAAAACUGCUGCAAGAACAGUACAGUGCAGAGGAAAAUUUUCUCUUGUUGACAGAAAUGGCAACUAGUCAAGUUCAAGUGCUGGUGGAGUUUACAAAAAAUAUUCCAGGCUUUCUGUCUCUGGACCAUGAAGACCAGAUCGCACUGCUCAAGGGUUCGGCUGUGGAGGCCAUGUUCCUCCGCUCAGCUCAGGUUUUCAGCAGAAAGAUGCCCAACGGACACAUAGAAGUUUUAGAAGAGAGGAUACGCAAGAGUGGUAUAUCAGAGGAAUUCAUGACACCCAUGUUCAACUUUUACAGAAGCAUUGGUGAGCUCCACAUGGUGCAGGAGGAACAGGCUCUGCUCACAGCCAUAACCAUUUUGACACCAGAUCGACCUUAUGUGAAGGAUCAGCAGGCUGUUGAGAGGCUUCAGGAGCAGAUGCUGGAUGUGCUGAGGAAGCUGUGCACCCUACAGCAUCCGCAGGAGCCGCAGUACUUCGCUCGCCUCCUGGGCCGCCUGACGGAGCUGAGGACGCUCAACCAUUACCACGCAGAGAUGCUCACAUCCUGGAGAAUGAACGACCACAAGUUCACCCCGCUGCUCUGUGAGAUCUGGGAUGUGCAGUGACACAGCAGGAGAAGGGAAGAAAGUGGCACAUUGAGGAUGAUAACAUGAACAUUUAAACUUGCAAGACAAAGUCAAGGUCCAACUGCAGGACCUGGAAAAUCCCUGCACAAGCUGUUUGCCUGACCUUGAUGGCGGUUUAGAGUAUUUUGUGUGUUUAUUUUGCUCAUGGAUUUUUUCAUGGCUCACACCAUCAUCAUGUCUAUUUGCUGUGUAAUUUAUCCAACUCAGACUUGUAGAGGCAUUUAGAAUUAUGUCAGAGUUUUUGACAUAAAGAGGAAACUAUUCAAAGGUUUGGAUUAAGCAGACAUCUUCUUACUGUGAACAUCAUGUAAACAUCUUGACGGCCCAGCGAGAUUAGACAGGCAAGUACAAACACUGGAACUUAUUCAAAGCAAAGAUGGUGCUCGUAUGAAGUGUAAGGUUUAGAUUGCAUUGAGUUUAAUGAUGGCUUCAUUUAUUAUUUUAUUUUAACUUAGUCUUCAUUUUCAGUGAGCAGUACACACACAGAUACAUCAUCUGGCAUAUCUGGAAAAUUGUGAUCCUUAUUCCUCUUUAAUCUUUCUGAAGCUUUACUUCAAAAAACUGAAGUAACAUAUGCACAAAUUACUCACUGAAAUAUAGACUAAAUAUUAAAAAUAAAAAUGUCGAUGUCUGAGGGUUUCCCUGCUGAAAUGAGGUCUCCUAUUGUGUACGUAACGUAACAACAACUAACAAAAACAUUUUUUUUUUUUUUUUUACACUUUUUAUGCCUUAUUUAUGCCUACAUUUAAUCCAGUGCUAAUGUUUCACUUCAGUGGGGCAUCAGAACAAAUGGACCUCAGUUUAAAGACCAUAAAUGUGUUUUUCCAUGUUUUUGCCAAUUUUCUAUAAUUAAAGAAUAUUUAACAUU